AUGUGUGAAACUAUUAGACUAAUCAAUGUGGAGAUCCAACAAGAUUCUAUCCCUACCACAAAAGAAGAUAAUGGCAACGAAGCACAGUUGAAGACCAACAUGGAAAAGGAACAACUUGAGUUUGGAGAGCUCGGGUCGUUGACAUACAUUGGUCCUUUUGGUGAACAAGUUGCUACGAAGGCCUUGGCAGCGGCUGAAGUUCCUCAGCCGCCACUUUCACAGUCGAAUAAUGUCACCUCGUACAGGCCAAAAAAAUCCUACAUGCCUCACCAGAAGCCUAGAAUCAGAAUGCCCGAUGAAGAUGAUGAGCAUUUCACGGUUCCUGAUUUCGGUCGAACUUGCAGAUUAAACAGUGCCAUGGUGUACCAAACAAGUGCACGGCAGGGUUUCAUUUUGUCUUUCUGCUCAUACACGAUCAUUAGAACCAUAAUCCUGACUUCGAUACCGAGGUGUGUACAAUCAAAAACUCUAGAGUCGGACAUUCAAGUUCUUCGUUUCCUCAAGCAGUCAAUCGAUCCCAUCACAAUCUCUUCAUCUUCCUUCCUUAAUACAUGGACUUUCGAGAAUGAUCCAUGUGAGAGCAGUGGGGCACAUUUUCUAGGAAUUUUAUGCACAAUUCCUCAUGAAAAUUCUAGUAGCAGAAUAUCAGCUAUUGAUCUCGAAGGAGAAGGGUUGGAGGGGUUUCUAACAUCAACAAUCGGAAACCUAACAGAGCUCACCACAAUCAAUCUGAGCAGAAACAAGUUCAGAGGGCCAAUACCAAACACUCUCUCCAACUUGGAAAACCUCAACAGACUUGUUCUAGCAGAUAAUUUCUUCAGUGGCAGUAUCCCUAACAGAAUCAACAGACUCUGGAAGCUCGGGAGUAUAGAUUUGUCACGAAACAGGCUUUCCGGUUCAAUCCCUGCCGUGAUUUCUGCAUUUCGGAGCUUGACCCUCUUACGUUUGUCAAACAAUGAGUUGUCAGGUAGAAUCCCAGAGCUCACCGGGCUAUGGCAACUCAGCACAUUGGAUCUUAGUGGUAAUCAGCUCUAUGGAAAUUUACCACAGCUUCCUAUAAGCUUAAGAUCAUUGUUGCUGGGGCACAAUUUGCUUUCGGGGGAAAUUUCAUCUAUAAUGAGGCUACAACAUCUCAAAACAUUAGAUCUGAGCGAUAAUAGGUUUUCUGGUUUGAUAAACCAGGAAAUCAUCACAUUACCUGAGGUUAGUCGCCUUAAUGUUUCCGAAAAUCAGUUCACAACAAUGGCGGUGAUGAGAUCCACCGACAGGAGUACACAGCUUCAAGUGCUUGACAUGCAUGGCAACCGUGUGCAUGGUCACUUGCCUGCAAACUUGAUCACUUAUGGGAACUUAACAUCAAUCAAUCUUGGGAAUAAUUUAUUUUCUGGUCGAAUUCCACUGCAAUAUGGAGAAAAGGUGGGAGGCUCAUGGAGAAGCUUGUACCUGGAUCACAAUUUUCUGGAGGGAGGACUGCCACCAGAGUUCGGCAGUAGAGCACUGAGGAUCAGGGGAAGUCUUGCACAAAACUGCCUAAGAUGUCCACUGAACAAUUCCUUGUGUCAUGGAGGGCAAAGGGCAGCUUCAGAAUGUGUCGGCCAUAGUGGUGGUGAUAGUGCGUGA